AUGCUAUCAAUAUCAGGUGAUGAGAUACCUAUUUCUAUCCAAGUAUUAUUGGAUCUAUUAUCGGAUCGUGUAAAAGAAGAAUGUCCACGUCUCAAGAUAACCAUCGAUCAUGGUCACGUUACUGUUGUGCCAACUUAUGCGAGUUGUGCAAUUUGUGAGCAAAUUAUAUUUGAUGAUGAAUACGUGGAAUACCGAAUGCAUCUUGGAUGUAGCCAACUUCCAUCAUAUGAUUUACAUUAUGAACCUAUCGAUAUGGAUUUUGAGUACUCCUCGGAACCGACGAAUUCCCUUCCGGAGAUUGAUUCAUCAUCUCCGGAUGUUGAUACAUCAUUGCUGUCAUUUCCGGUUGUUGAUACAUCAUUACUGUCAUCUCCGAGUAUUGAUUCAUCAUUUCCGGAAAAUACAAAUCAACUCUUGGAAAUUACAAAUCACCCCUUGGAAAUUUCAAAUCACCCCUUGGAAAUUUCAAAUCACCCCUUGGAAAUUACAAAUCAUACAAAUCAACCCUUGGAAAUUUCAAGUAAAGUCAAGGAAUUUGAUCAAAAAUUCAAGCAAGCGGCAGACAAAUGUCGAAAUAGAGCACUCCCACGAAUUUCGAUAGAGGGAUCUUAUAAAGAUCAAUUAUCGAAAUUGUUAUCUAUGUUGGAAGAAUCAAAUCCAAAGCGCAAUGGUCCUCACAAAAGAUUAUAUAUACUAGCAAAAAUGGGUGAAAUAAUCGCCCAACAACUCAACUUAGAUAUAGAAGAGCAAGCUGAUUAUUUUGCAAAAGAUCCCGAACAGAAAAAAACCAAAUAUGCCAGACUUCGGGUAGCGAAUCUGUUAUAUGAAUUAUUUCCAACGAAAUAUGAAUUAUUGUUGCAUACUGAACAAAUUACAUAUAGUAAUCUUAACAACAUGAAUAAUGCUGAAAUCAAACAGCUUAAGCAAAUGGUGGCUUUUUGGUCAUCAUCAAUCUGA